ACACACACACACACACUCACACGCCCCCCCCCCCCCCCCCCCCCCCCCCCGCAGGGUGGUCGUCAGACGGAAACCGAGGAGCCACAAUGGGAGUAGAGAUCGAGACCAUCACUCCGGGCGACGGACGGACGUUUCCGAAGAAGGGGCAGCGCGUCGUGGUUCACUACGUCGGCACGUUGGCCGACGGGAAAGUGUUCGACUCGUCGCGGUCCCGAGGGAAACCGUUCAAGUUCAAGAUCGGUAACCAGGAAGUGAUCCGAGGUUGGGAGGAAGGAGUCGCUCAGAUGAGUGUGGGUCAGCGGGCGAAGCUGAUUUGUUCUCCAGACUAUGCGUACGGCAGUAAAGGUCACCCGGGGAUCAUCCCCCCGAACGCCGUCCUGAACUUCGACGUGGAGCUGCUCAGUCUGGAGGCCUGACGCCUCGGACCUCGUCGCUCAGCUGCACGCAAACAUUCAGGGUUGACUCCUCUCUUCUCGGGAACACGGAGGAACAAGUUACCAGACGAUUCCUGCUCCUGAUUCCAACAUAGGACCUUUUCUUCACUCGCUCCCUCUCCUUCUCCACCUCCAUAAAAUAUUAUCACGUUGUGUCACUUCAGACUUUAGAUCACGUACAGUAAUAAGUCAUAGGCCGUCCCUCCCAUGUGUUGUGUAUUUUUAUGGUGAUGUGUGUGUGUCGUCAGGAGCAGCAGAGUUCUUCACUCACUGUGUCGACUGAAUCGUCUCGAGUCAAAAUAAGAAUAAAUUGUUGUUUGACACAAAAUGAUAUUUCUCUGAACGAGCUGAGACCAGCGGUUUGUGAACCAAGCACAUUAUCGUCUGAAGCAUCAAUUAUUAAUUUAUGAGUAAAUCGACUUGUAGCUCCGAUGUUCACUGGACGUCACUCGUCUCGUCAAUCACUUGUAAAAAGCCACAAACGGAAUCUGGUCGGAGGUCAGAGGUCAGAGUCGUGUCGUGUGUCACAAACUGUAAAAGUCUGUUCUUUACUUGAAUCACAUUAAAAGAAACUUUUAACACAAA